CGGAAGCUGGGGCGCUGUUUACAUUCCACGCAGCUCGACUUCCAAAAAUGAGUCUACCGACCAUCAACUCCACCACCAGACGUAAGCGUGAAGCUGAGCGCUCGGUCAAUUGGACGGUGGAGGAGACACAGGUGCUGCUUUGCGCCUGGAGCGACCAGCGCGUUCAGAAGAGUUUGUUGGAAAACUUGCGCAACCGCCAUGUCUUCAAGCACCUGUCGGCGCGCAUGAGCGAAAUGGGCUUCUGCCGGAGUCCACACCAGUGCCGGCUUCGCGUCAAAACCCUAAAGGCCAACUACGCCCGGGCCAAACUCCAGAGGAAGUCGGACGCAUCCCAGAUGUGCACCUUCAAGUACUUUGACGAAAUGGACGCAGUGUUGGGGAGGCCAGCGGAUGGCUCGGGAGUCGGUCCUCGCUUCCCUGCACCCAUCACAGAAUUCAGCGAUCAAUUUUUCAGCUCCCCGGGAAGAGACCAGUUGAGCUCCUCAGAAGAGAAGGGAGGCCGUCACCCGUGGCAGUUGGGGUUCCACGUCAAGAUGGAGAAUGGCGAAGAUUCUGAGUUCAGCGAUGCCGGAUUCCCGGAACAUCCGCGAGAGAGACACAAGGACGUUUAUUUGGCAUCGACCGUCCAUCCUGAGCCUCCUGCAGCACCAUCCCUGGAAGUUGCCAGCUCUCCUCCUCCACCGGUGAUCGUGGCUGCUCCGACCGCACCCGAUGAAGCAGCGCCCGCCUCUGCUCGGCUCCCCGAUGACUCCUGUCUCCGCAUGGAGCCGGCCCUCCAGCACCUGUCACAGUGUUACCAGCAGCUGCUGUCAGAGACGCGGGCCCUCCUGACGCAGCUGGAGCGCCAACGGCAAGAGCAGGCUACCUGGCACCAGGACCUCCUGGGCCAGUGGAUCCAGAGGCAGCAGGAGGCGGCCGACAGGGAGGAGAGGCGGGAGAAGGCCCACAUGGACCACCAGAUCCAGGUGCUGGAGCUCCUCACAUGUCUGGUCAGGGAGCAGCAGUGCAAAUGCGGAAGUGGGGUGACCACCACCACCGGCGGGCGGGCAGCGGAGGUGUCAAGUGAACUCCAUCACUUAUUCACCAAAGGGGAAAAUUAAGAUAUGAUUUGUAAUUUAUCACUUGUAAAACCUCAAAUUUUGCCUUUGAACACUUUUAUGGACAUAAAAAAAACAAGUUAAACUGCUUGUGGUUUUGUUGCUGUGAUGCCAUCAUAACUCAAUCCGGAUUUAAUCUGGAUUGCACUUCUGGAAUGUAAACAUGUAAAUUCAUGUUGAUGGUGAUCAGAUACCGUGUAUAUUUCUGUCAAAAGUCAUCAAAUCACAUUGAUGCUGGUUAGGUAUUGAUGUAGUCACCCCUGAAUUUCUUGAAACAGUUAUGCCAGUUUAGUUCGAAGUGGCCAUUUUAGGGAAGUUGUGGCCACGAAACCAGAAACUAGUAACUGAACCACACUGUCUUUUUUAAGAUUCAGACCUGGAAGCCCCUUCCACUUAGUAACUUGAAAUUUGGUAGACAUGUCUAUCACCAGUAGACCUACAAAAAACUCAAUAAAUCAUGAACUGGUCGCCAGCCAUUUUAGGGUAAAUUUAGCCACAAAACCCAAAACCGUAACAAACCUUUUCUUUUUUGAAAAUUCAACCCCUAAAGUCAGUUUGACUUGAAAAAAUUAAAUUUGGCAGGUGUAU